AUGGAGACCGUUUUGAAGAAGGAAUUGGGCCAGAAGGGGGGCUGCCUUGCCCUGUCCAAAAUAAUCCAUGACCCCUAUUCCCGGCUGGAGAUGAGUGCAGCUGCUAGGGACAUUGGGAACUCACUAGCAAGUGUUUUCGUGUGCCACUGCUACAACAUCCACUUCCAGCUGCUUGCCGGGGCUCUACAAGCACAAAAUGUUACCGGUAAGACGUGGAUCUUGACAACGAGCCUUGCUGUGAUCCCAGAGAUGUUCACCAAGGAGGCGUUACAGCUCCUGAAUGGGAGCCUGGAUCUGAGGAUUCAUUCAGAUAAAAUAUCAGGUUUCGAUCAUUUCCUGACCACGCUUAGCCCUGCUGCUUAUCCCAACAGCCAUUUGGUGAAAGUGCUCUGGCAAAAUCUGUUUGACUGUGUUUGGCCAGGUUUAGAAAAAACCGAUGGAAAAAACACACCCCGACUCUGCACUGGGGUAGAGCAGGUGGGUGCCAGCCACUUGCUCCUCUUCAAUCUAGAAAACUGGGCUGCCACAUAUCAGGCCUAUCUUGCAGCCAGGGCCUUCAUCACAGCCUUCCACAACAUGAUCUCCUGCAUAUGUGACAAAGGGCCCUUCACCCAGGGAAGGUGUGCCACAACGAAGCAUUUCCAGCCAUGGCAAGUCCAUCAUUACCUAAAGGAUAUCAACUUUACCACUUCAUCAGAUGAGAUUUUUUUCAAGAACGGCGAGAUUCCGGCUACAUUUGAUAUUAUGAACUUGCAGAUUUUGCCCAAUGGCUCUUACAGGGCUGUAAAAGUUGGAGUUCUUCGUUCCAGACCUCAGCUGAGGAAAGAGCUUCUGAUUCAUGACAAUGCCAUUAGGUGGGCAGGGGGCCUUGCUCAGGUGCCUUGUUCAAUCUGUUCAGAAAGCUGCCUGCCUGGAUAUAGGAAGCUGCCUUUGCAGGGGAAGCCACACUGCUGCUACAGCUGUCUGCAGUGCCCCCAUGGUCAGUUUGCCAGUGGGACAGACAGUGCCACCUGUUGGGAGUGCCUUCCAGGACAAUGGCCCAAUGAGCAGCAAGACAGAUGCAUCCCAACCAUCGUUGACUUCUUGUCCUACACGGAAGCUUUGGGUGUGUUGCUGGCAACCUGCAGUUCCCUGUUCUUCUUGCUCUCGCUGUCAGUCUUGGGUAUCUUCUUACAGCAUCACAACACCCCAGUUGUCAAGGCCAACAACCGCAAGCUCAGCUACCUCCUCUUGACCUCCCUGGCUCUCUGCUUCCUCUGCCCUCUGAUGUACCUUGGGCACCCAUCCCAGCUCACUUGUUCCUUCCGCCAGGCUGCCUUUGGCCUGGUCUUUGCCAUUUGCCUCUCUGCAACCCUGGCCAAGACGGUGACUGUGGUGAUGGCCUUUGGAGCUUCUAAGCCUGGCAGCUGCCUCCAGAAGUGGGUGGGUUACAAGCUCCCUGGCACUAUCACUCUGGGCUGCUCCCUUGUCCAAGCUGCUGUAUGUGUCUGCUGGAUAACGGUUUGCCCCCCGUUCCCAUCACAGAACCCACUAGAUGGGGGGCCUCUUGUGACCCUGGAGUGUGACAAAGGCUCAGUUGAGUUUUUCUACACCAUGCUGGGGUACCUGGGCUUUCUAGCCACCAUCAGCUUAGGGGUGGCCUUCCCAGCCCGCCGACUGCCAACAGCUUUCAAUGAGGCCCAGCACAUUGCCAUCAGCAUGCUGGUCUUCACUUUCGUCUGGGUCUCCUUUGUGCCCUCCUAUCUCAGUGCCACAGGGAAGUACACAGUGGCCGUGGAGAUCUUCGCCAUCCUGGCUUCUGGAGCUGGUUUGCUGGCUUGCCUCUUCUUCCCCAAAUGCUACAUCAUUAUCUUGCACCCUGAGAAGAAUAACAGGGACCACCUUAUGGGCAGACAACUUCCACGCAAAGGAGGCUUUGCUUAUGCUCCAUGA